UCAAUGGAUAUGGAUGUAGCAUGCUGUGAAAGCUUAGACAAACGUCAAAAUAGUGAAAUAUGACAACAUUUACAACUUCAACUAGUGUUUACGUUUACCCAAAAUAACUUCUACUAUUAUCUAUUUACAGAAAAUUUACGUCUUUUAUUAGUUUUUUAAAAUGUGUACGCUAAAUAGACCGCAACAAAGACAUUUGGUCUCGGAUGACUGUUCCUGUCCGAUACCAAUUGGAAAUAGUGUUUGUGGUGAAACAAAAACGUUAGAUAUUAUUAAUGAGUUUAAAAGACUUUAUGAAGAGAAAAUGCAGGAGAUAGAUAAUACUAGUUGUGGAGACUGUUUGCAGGAGAAAAUGCAGCUACAGCAGAAUUGGAUUGGAGAUUUGACUGAACAAAAUGAGAUGCUUGUACGAGCCGUUGAGGAUUUAGAACUAGAAGCUACCGAACGUGUUAAAAUGCUAGAAGAAAAGUUACAAAGAAGUGCCGAAUGCAUUUGCGAGGUAAUGAAGAAGUACCGAGAAAACGAUAUAGCUGGAAGUCUUCUGGACGAACCACGGAAGAGGAUAUUUAAUCUAGAGAAUGAUAUGACUAAUGUAUUAGAAUUUUUGCGAAGGAUAAGGGAAGAGAAACGAUGGAAUACGGAAGGCCUUAAUUUUAUUGAACUUACAGAAGCAGAUCUUCUUGGAAGCGGAAUUCCUGAAGAUAUAAACCAGUACUUAAAUUAUGAAACCUUAAAGGCUGAGAGGAGAUCUACAGAAAAAGAUAGCACAAUCCAGAAGUUAGAAGCAAAAAUAGAUGAACUAAAUAGUAUGACGAAAGAAUUCCAAAUGAAAAAAGAUGAAUGUGAAAAUCUGCAAAAGAAUAUGAUCGACAUGCGGCAAGCUUUGACUGAAGAGGUUGCUACCAAACACGACACGGUACUUAAACUUAAGAGAGAGUGCCAAGAAUUGGAGGAACGAUGUAUCCAGGCCGACAAACAGACAGCGUUUCGAGACGACAUCAUCAAAGAACUGAGGAAGGAAAUUAAGCAGCUUAAGCAACAGGUAACUCAUGAAGAAGUUGAAAAGUUAAACAACACAAUUGAAGAACUUCGAAAUACUCUACAAGAAAGUAAAACCGUCCGAGAGAAAGAAGAUCAGGAAAAGCAUGUACAAAUGACCACCCUAAAUGAAGAAAUACAAAGACUGGGCAAUUGCCUGUGUGAAGCUAAUGCGAAACUACAGGAAAAAGACACCGAGAUUUUUACUUUGAACAGAACGAUCGAGGACUUUCAAUAUCAGUAUGAACCUACAAGUAAAACAAAGGUACAAACAGAUGGGAGUGAGCCGGACGAAGAACAAUUACAAAAGUUGAUACAGAGAGAUGAACUAAUCAAAUAUCAAGCCGAUACGUUGAGGAUGUUGCAACAGGAGUUACAGCGUUUGAAAGAAAAAGAUAAAGAGUUUGUGUGCGAUCGGGAGAUGAGCGAGGAAAACUGUGAUGGAAUUUGUUACUUAGAACAACAAGUUGAAUUGAUUAAAGGAAAAUUAGUGCAAAGUGAAAAUAGAGUAGAAGAAUUGACUAGAGAGAUUGAUAAUAAAGAAGAAAUCAUAAAAUCACAAAAGGACACGCUAAACUUCGUUGAAAAACAACUAGAUAUUUUAAGAAGUAAGGAAUCAGAAAUGAGGAUUGAUAAUGAACAUCAAUGUGCAUGUAUCCAACAAUUGAAGAGUAGGGUUACGGAACUGGAGACUUCAACGCAGGAUGCAGAAAGACGAGCAAACAAUUUACAAAUGGCCGUAGACUUAUAUACCAACACAAUUAAUGUUUUAGAAGCAAGUGAAGAGAAAUUUAAAAUGGAGAUCGAUCGUCAAAGAACUACCAUCAACAAUCUACAAGAAGCACUAGUCACUGCAAAAAAUGAACUCGACAAUACCAAACAGAAACACGACGACAAUGUGAUUGAGCAUCAAAAAAUGAUAGAAAAGCUUCUUCAAGUAAUGUCUGAUAACGACUUGGAAAAGGAAGAUCUAAUGAAUCAGAUUGGCAUAGUGACAGAAAAAUACGAACAACUACAAGAACUAAACUUUAACGUAGAAGUUGACCAUUACAAUAGUCUGCAAGAUGUUGAAGGACUAGAUCACCAACUAUUUAAGUAUCAAUGUUUACUAAAGAGUACAGAGGAUGAACUAAAAGAAUGUAAAUGCCAUUUAAAAAAAUUAAUAAAACAGAAAAAAAGUUUUGAGGACGUCAUUCAGUAUUUCAAACAAGAAAUGGCUAUCAUGGCGCAACAGCUAGAAAGCUUGCAAGAGUUGCUGACCAUGUCUAACGACACUGCACAAGAAGAAAACAGUAAACUUAUGUCCGCCUUCGUUCGUGUCCAGGAACUAAACCAACAAUUAACUAUUCAACUAGCUGCAGCCGAACAAAAAGUUGUGCUUGAGAACCAAAUGAACCAACUAAACGAAACCAAAAUCUCAGAAUUGGAACGAAUGGUCUCAAGCAAGGAGAUAGAUAUAGAUAAACACAGUGUAACUAUCACAAACAUCAAAGAGAAUCUGGUCUGCUCAUUACAACAAAACGAAGCAUUACAGAAGACCAUAACAUCAUUAUCAGAAACUGUCUACGAGUUUCAUCAGUGUGUUCAAAAAUACGAAAAUGACAGCUGCAAAUCUAAAGAAGUCACCAUCGUUUGUCAAAAUCAAAUUGAGAGUUGCAAAGAAAAAUUAAUUGAUCUCAAAGACUUACUUGAAAGAAAAACUUCCGAUCUGUGUAAGAUCGAAAUGGCAUACAACAACCAACACAGAUCUCUGAUGUGUUGUCAGAUGGAGCUAAAAGAAAUCAAAGAUAGACAGAAAAACAAACAGUAUUAUUUGAAGUGUGUCAUAGAGGAACUUAAAGAUAAGUUAAACAAAAGCGAGGAAGAGAGAAACAAACAAACAAGAGAGUUGAAAUUAAUGCAGGAAGAUUUGGGUAGUCUUAAACGUAAAAACGAGAAAAAGGAUGCGGAUAUCGGUCGAUAUAGGAGGAUUAUCAGUGAUCUGAAAAGAACGCUUACCGAAUUAAACAAAAAUCUGUCGAAGAAAGAAAUUCCGUUUAGAAGCAAAUGCAACAGAGAGGAAUGUAGAAGAUAUAUUGAACAGUUUAAUGAGACAGAUUUAGAAGUUUUACAAAAUCAAGAAGCAGGCACAUGCGUAAACUGUCCUUGCGAGGUGGACUUUUAUAGAAACGUAGUUGAAGCCUUAAAAAGAGCGGUUAACGAAAUAAAAAUCAGACUUACCAGUACCCAAAAGAAGAACAAAGACUUGGAAAAAGAACUACGAGAUAAGGAGUUACAAGUUCAAGAAAUAUCUAAAACACAAAUAGAAAAGGACAAGGAAUAUAAUGAACUCAAACAGAAGUUAAUGGAAAGAUUGCAAAUGGUCCAGGGUGAAGAAACGAAAUUUACCGAAAAAUCUAAACAAUUCGAAAAAGAAGUUGCGUCCCUAAAGAGGGAGUUGGAAUUGAAAACUUUGCAGCUCAACGAAGUUGAAAAAAGCACGCAGCAAAUUGCCGGUAAUAAAAGUAUACAACUGGUUUGCGCACAGGAGGAGAUCAAUGUUCUGAAAGAACAGCUAAAUAAGCUUCUUAGACAACAUUGUGCCGUUAAUAUGGAGAAUGAAAAAUUACAUACUCAAAGUACCAGAAUGCAAACUACAGUGACAAAUCUCGAAGAAAGAAGUCAGCUCUUGAAAGGUCAAGUCGAGCAAUACUUAGUGGAACUGCAGGUGGUGCAGAAAGAAAAAGACUCCCUCCACAUCCGAAAUCAGGAUCUACUUCGUGAACUUCGAGCACUACAAACGUCUUACGACCAACAAAGCGGACAACAAAGGUAUAACGAGGAAGCUAUUAAAUCCCUCGAAAGCGAACUAAAAGACGUCAAAAAGAACCGGGAUGAUAUAUACCUCGAAAGCAGAACCGUUGUCGAUUAUUUUAGGUUGUGGCUGCAGGAACAGAAAAAAAUCAAUGAGUUUACAGUUUCCAAAGAGAGAGAUUAUUUCAAAACUAUUGAAAUGUUAAAACAACAGAAUCAUGGUCCUUCAUGUCCGUUCGUGCAAAGUCCAUUCACGAGAAAUAUCAGUAAUCUUCGAAAUCGCCAAGAACAUUGUCAGUCUCCAUGGAGUUUGGGUUCCCAAGGAACAUCUUCAGUACACGAUGGAAGUCCCUGCAGAAGUCCGUGUAUAAACGAAGGUUCUGAUUGGUAUGCCACAAAUUUUAGAAAUGAUUCUGAAGACGAUGAAGUUGAAGAAGACGACGAUGAUUGGGUAACGAAAGUAGAAAAUUUAGCUGCUCAGGUGAGAAAAACGAAUAAAAUGUGGAGGCACAAAAUGGAAAAGGCUGACUUAACUGUAACCAAAGAUACCAAAAAAUGAAUAUUUAUUCAGUAUGAAGUUAUAUUAUUUAUAAACGUCUUUUUUAAAUAAAUACUUAAUUUAUUUCUAA